GGCCCCAAGGUCCGGCAGGAGCAGGGCCUGGCCCGGCGGGCGCAGCAGGAGCGCGGCGGGGGGCGACGGGACGCGGUGAGCCCCCCGGCCCGCACCCGCUGGUGGGUGCGGCGGGGCCGGCAGGAGGAGGGAGAGGCCCGGGGCGGAGUGCAGGAGGAGGGCGAGCUCUACCCGGGGGAGCAGGAGCACCCCGGCGGCAACCCCGGCACGCGGACCCCGGCACACCGCCUGAGCCGCAGGAGGUCCGCCCGGGUGUGAGGCCGCACCCCGUGCCCGGUGCCCGCUGCCCCGGGGGUGAUCCCAGCCGCGGCCCGGACGUCCCCGGCGUCGAUCGUCGCACCCCGCCCCGGCAGGUGUGCGGGCUCGUCUCUCCUGGCAUGCCGGCUGUCUGGAGUGCCGCUGUGCCCGUCCUCGCCCUCCGGUGACGCUGCAGACUCGGCGCAGGAUGCGGUGGCAGUGGCGGUGAGCGCAGAGGUGCCUCCCUACCCAUCCUGCCUGCUGUAGAACCCCGGCUGCUUGACGAUGGUCCCCCCUCAUCCUCCUCCUCCGCCUGGCUGCCUGGUGCACCGUGCCGGGGUGCGGGGAGAAGGGGGCUGCGAGCGCGGCGCUGGCGGCGAUGCCACCACCUCUCCACUCAGGAGCCGGAGCAGGGACAGAAGGUGGGCGGUUGAGCUGCCGCGCCGGGAGGAAGACAGUGGUGCCAGGCUGGAAUUGGGCAACUUUCUGCCAUGUGAUCCCAAACCCGGCUCCAGCCCUCGCCGCCCCCAAGCAGACGCGGGCGUCUCCGCAGAGCCCCCCACUCGCCGCUGCGCCGCAGCCGCCGCCUCAGCCAUGGGCGAGAGAUGCGACUACCAGCGCUUGAGCAGCGCCGAGGAGGAGGAGGAAAUGCACGGGCCCCUGCCCCACAGCUUCUCGGACAGCACCGGGCAGCGGGUCCUGCGGCUGGGCAGCAGGCGCCCCACGCCACCCCCCCGGCAGGACACCGCCCCGGGCAUGCCGUGCCGGCGGAGGCUGAGCUGUAGCAUGCAGGCGGAGGAGGGCACGGACUGGCUGCUGGAGCUGCUCACCGAGCUGCAGCUGCAGCAGUACUUCCUGCGCAUCCGAGACGAGCUCAACGUCACACGCCUCUCCCACUUUGAGUACGUCAAAAAUGAGGAUCUGGAGAAGAUUGGCAUGGGACGCCCUGGCCAGCGGAGGUUGUGGGAGGCAGUGAAGCGGAGGAAAGCCAUGUGCAAGCGGAAAUCCUGGAUGAGCAAGGUGUUCAGUGGGAAGCGCCCAGAGUCGGAGCUGCCGCCCCAGCCCCAGAGUACCUUCCGCAAGCCUCCCACACCACCACCCCCUGAAGCUGGGGGCCAGCACUCCCUCACGUGCCUCGUGCGGGAGCGAGACCUCUCAAUCUUUGAGAAGCUGGGUGACGGCUCCUUUGGUGUCGUGCGUCGCGGCGAGUGGUGCACACCUGCUGGCAAGACGCUGAAUGUGGCGGUGAAGUGCCUCAAGACAGAUGUGCUGAGCCAGCCAGAGGCACUGGACGACUUCAUCCGGGAGGUGAAUGCCAUGCACUCCCUGGACCACAGGAACCUCAUCCGCUUGUAUGGCGUGGUGCUCUCCCACCCCAUGAAGAUGGUGACAGAGCUGGCCCCACUGGGUUCCCUCCUGGACCGCCUGCGGAAGAACCAAGGCCAUUUCCUCAUCUCCACCCUGUGCCAGUAUGCCAUCCAAGUGGCCAAGGGCAUGGCCUACCUGGAGUCCAAGCGUUUCAUCCACCGCGACCUGGCUGCCCGCAAUAUCCUGCUGGCCUCCAAUGAGCUCGUCAAGAUUGGGGACUUCGGACUAAUGCGGGCACUGCCCAAAAAUGAUGAUCACUACGUGAUGCAGGAGCAUCGUAAGGUCCCCUUUGCCUGGUGUGCUCCUGAGAGCCUGAAGACACGCACCUUCUCCCACGCCAGUGACACCUGGAUGUUCGGAGUGACCCUCUGGGAGAUGUUCACCUAUGGUCAGGAACCUUGGAUUGGCCUCAAUGGCAGCCAGAUCCUGCACAAGAUAGACAAGGAGGGUGAGCGGCUGCCACGGCCUGAGGACUGUCCCCAGGACAUCUACAACGUCAUGCUGCAGUGCUGGGCACACAAGCCCGAGGACCGACCCACCUUUGUGGCCUUGCGAGACUUCUUGGUGGAGGCUCAGCCCACCGACAUGAGAGCGCUGCAGGACUUUGAGGAACCAGACAAGCUGCACAUCCAGAUGAACGACAUCAUCACAGUCAUUGAGGGCAGGGCCGAGAAUUACUGGUGGCGGGGUCAGAAUAAACGGACCCUAAAAGUGGGCCAAUUUCCCCGAAACACGGUGACCUCGGUGGCAGGGCUGUCAGCCCACGACAUCAGCCAGCCACUUAAAAACAGCUUCAUCCACACAGGCCAUGGAGACACCAACCCACAGCACUGCUGGGGGUUUCCUGAUAAAAUUGAUGAGCUGUACCUGGGAAAUCCCAUGGACCCUCCUGAUAUUUUAGGUGUGGACCCGAGUGCUGCUAGACCUACACAGCUUCCAGGGAGGGCUAAAAGGCAGCCUCCUCCACGCCCACCUCAGCCUACCGUCCUGCUCACCAAGCCUUGCUACGACCCAGUUAGUGAGGAGGAGGAGGGUCUGCCAGGGGGCCUCCGGAAGCUCUGCCUGAAGAAGCCAGGCACAGGGAAGGGUCUGCGACCGGUCAAGCCAUCAGCAAGAGUACCGGGCACCAAGGUGGGCGAGCGGCAACCCGGACGCCUGGCAAGCGAGGGGCUAGCAAGCAGCGAGGUGACCCUCAUUGACUUCGGGGAGGAAGUUCCCCAGGGUAGCCCCUCUCCAGUGGGGGAGCUGACAGCCCCGUCAUUAGCCAAGCUGGCCAUGGAGGCCUACUCUUUGCUGGACAAGACCCCACCACAGAGCCCCACACGGGCUCUACCUCGGCCUCUCCACCCCACACCAGUAGUGGACUGGGAUGCCCGGCCCUUGCCCCCACCGCCUGCCUAUGAUGACGUGGCACAGGAUGAGGAUGAUAUUGAGGUCUGCUCUAUCACCAGCCCCCCAAGCCGGCGGGGAAAGACCAACUAUGGCUUUGUGGAUGAGAGUGAGCGGGGACCAGUACUGGAGGACAACCUUUUCCUGCCCCCCAAGGAGACCAAACAGCCCAGCAUGACACAGACCACCGAGCUCUUCGAGGAGCUGCAGCAGGAGUGCAUGAGAAGGCUCAACGUCCCUCUGGGACCGGCUUCACCAGUUGACGACAAGCCCCAGAUCCCUCCCCGUGUCCCAAUCCCGCCCCGGCCCCUUCGCCGCAAUGAGCCUGGGCGCUGGUCGGGGGACCUUUCCCCAGCUUCGGGGGGCGAGGAAGACCGGCCGCCCCAGAUCCCCCCACGGGACCCACUGUCCCAGCCCACUUCCCGGACACCCAGCCCCAUGGCUCUGCAGGUGGGCUCCCCACAGCAACGUGCUGCCCUCUGCUCCUGCCUCUCCACCUCACCAGGGAAGCCCAUGCCCACCACACAGAGCUUCGCCCUUGACCCUAAGUACGCCACCCCCAAGGUCAUCCAGGCACAGGGCAAGGACUGCUCCAAGGGACCUUGCAUCCUGCCCAUUGUGAAGGAUGGGCAGAAGGUCAGCAGCACCCACUACUACCUGCUGCCCGAGCGCCCUGCCUAUCUGGACAAGUAUGAGAAGUUUUUCAAGGAGGCUAAAAGCCCUGAGGAGGUGGCAGCAUCCCGCCAGGUCACCACAGCCACUGUCCGUCCCAUGGUGCAGCAGCCAUUGUCAGACUGCAAGGCCAACUUUUCCUCCAACAACAGCAACCCUGGGCCCAAGUGCCUGGUGAAAGCCUCCUGCAGCCUCCAGAAGAUCGUUUAUGAUGGGCCAGAUGGUUGCCGCCCUGCUGACAAGAUCCGGCUGGUGGUGACAACGGGGAUGGGGCAAGCUGUGUUGGAUCCAGAGCAGGCAUCUCACCAUGGGACCAGUCCCGCCGCCUCCACCCAUACAACCUGCUGCAGGACUCAGGACUGAGCCACUUGAGGGUGGAGACACCCCAAAAGGGACCCUGCCUAGUGCCAUAGACUUCCCAGGAUGCUUGUGCCCUGGCCUUGGCAAUGGGCUCCAUCCCCUGGCCCCUUGUUGAAUUGUUUUUGUAAAGAGAAAUGUAAUUUUAAUAUAUAUAUUAUGUAUAUAUAUAAAAAUAUUCUAUGGAGAGGCUGAGGGUACCUAUGGCCAUCUCCCAGGUUUAUCCCUACCAACACACAGGGACAAGCCACACAUCCAUGGGUGCUGGUUCCUCCCUGCAGGCAGCUGCGACUGUGACCCUUGGGAUCUGCUGUGGGAUGAAGCUCAGGAGAGGAUGCAGGGACUCUGGGGAUCCCCAGAAAGCUGUGUGAUAUAUGCACAUAUAAAACCUCCUGCUGAGUCCUCC